AUGCACGGAGCUCGAGGGAUGUUUCGAUGGGCUACAUACGACCGCAUUCUCUGCGCGAUAAACGAGGAAUAUGCUGAGUAUGCGAUGCGCAUCCUGCAGUGGCUGACGUUUGCUGCACGCCCGCUAUUAUUCGAGGAAGUUGCAGAAGUCGUCGCUAUCGAUGUGGCACGCGACCCAGCAUUUGACCGCGAUGAGGUGCUCGAAGAUCCGUUAGAAGCGCUGAACAUCUGCUCUAGUCUGGUCACUAUCACAACGAACAAAGCAGAGGGAAGAUGGAGGCCUACCCAGCGAAUCAUUGCUCUAGGACACUAUUCUGUCCAAGAAUACCUUGUGUCAGACAGGAUCAAGCAAGGACAGGCAAAGCAGUACAGCAUGCAAGAGGUCGAAUGCCACAACGCGAUAACAAAAGGCUCGUUGAUGUACCUGGCCCACUUCCAACAAUCCUUGUCAACAGAAAUUCUUGAAGCAUCAGCACUCGCAAAGUACACAGCAGAGUUUUGGAGCAGCCAUCUUAAAAAAAUGGGAGACGAGGCAGAAGGAAGUCUACUUACGAUAAGUCUAAUGUCAGCCGACAAACCCACAUAUCUCAAUUGGAUCAGAUUGCACGAUCCGGACCGACCUUAUGAAGAGCCGGAUCUAGACAGAAGUCUAGAAAGCAUAGCCACGCCGUUGUAUUACGCCGCAUUACUGGGCUUGAGCACGAUCACAGGACUGCUGCUCGACAAAGGCGCCGACGCCAACGCGCAGGGUGGACGCUACGGCAACGCACUGCAGGCAGCUUCAGCUAGAGGCCACGAGCAGGUGGUCGAGAUGCUGCUCGACAAAGGCGCCGACAUCAAAGCGCAUGGUGGAGAGUUUGGCAACGCACUGCAGGCAGCUUCACUCGGAGGUCACGAGCAGGUGGUUGAGAUACUGCUUGACAAGGGCGCCAACGUUAACGCGCUGAGUAAAAAGGUCGUUGCAAGUGGAGGUUCGUACAUUUCGGCUUUUGAUAUGGCCGCAGUGCCAAAACGUCGUGGUGUAAGUACACAUCCUCCUAAACGGCCGCUGAGUAAGAGGUUUCUUGUGAUGGCGUCUGGACUUACGAACGGCUCGCGGGUAAAUGCCUGA